CGGUCGGACGUACCUAGACUUACUACUACUGACUAGUAGUUGUCUACCUACUCUUACUGCUGAACAUGUUCGGUCGGGGACGGCUUCAGGACCAAACUUGGCUUAUCGGUGAGAUAACUACUUCCAUGGAACAGAUCAAGUCAACUAAUCAUCUCCUGAUAAGAAAAACAUAUCCUCCAGAAAGGAUCACCAGCGGCUACUACGUAGUACUAGAGAUGGGGUCUGUUUCAAGUUUGUAGAUAGUAUGAGGGAAUGGCGGAGUGGGAAGGGGGAAAAGUAAUAGAAAAAAAAUAAAUUAAAAUCAAUGGUAUCAUAAAGGAGGUGAUGGAUUUGUAUGGCGACAUCAAGGGAAAAGACCGGAAGGAUGCACGUAUGCCUUGAUCC